ACAAGCCGUACCCCCACCCUUCCGAUAUCGUUGAUCAAAAAAGCUCCCUUCAAUAUAAAAGUUGUGCACGUGCUGAGCUUAUUUUUACAAAAUUUACGCGUUGUUAUGUAUUUUUAAGUUACGAAAUCGACGGAUCAAAAUGGUUCAGGCACCGGAUGUUAGUAUCGGGCACCGGGAUUUUCCCCAGGCGUUAGUUUUGCUAAAUGAAAUGAAUGUGAGUGCACAACACGUCGCCUCGUUGGUUGAUAACAUGAUUCAGAAGGUGCGGAAGGGAGAAUUAUCAACAGAUCAGGGUCUUAGCUUUCUAGAAAUGAAGUACAACAUGUUGUUGAGUUAUUUGAUCAACUUGACUUUCGUGGUCUUGCGGAAAUGUUCAGGGGAAAAAAUUGAAGGGGACCCGUGUAUUGAUAGAUUAAUCGAAAUCAGGACUGUACUUGAGAAAAUCAGGCCCAUUGAUCACAAGCUCAAGUACCAGAUUGAUAAACUCGUCAAGACUGCCGUUACGGGAACCAACGCCAACGACCCGACCACGUUUAGGGCAAACCCUGACAAUCUCAUUGACCAUUCGGAAAGUGAGGAAGAAUUAGAAAAAAACACGGGAGAAAAGGGCAAAAGCGACAUCUAUGUACCUCCAAAACUAUCCGCAGUUCACUAUAUGGGUGACGAAACGGCACAAGAGCGCACUAAAAGGUUGCAAGAACGCACGAAGAAGCACAUGUUGUCCUCUUCCAUAAUGCAAGACUUGCGGGAGGAGUAUCUGGAUGCGCCAAUCGAGGUGUCUCAGACCAGCCGCGCUCAGCAAAUCCUGUCCAAGCAGCAGAAGGAGAAGGAGGAGUACGAGGAGGAGUACAUGACUCGCCUCCCCGUCAGCAAAUCAGAGAAGCACAAACGCCGUCAGCUGACCACUCUGGGCAGUCUCGGUGACGAAAUCACCGACUUUGGCCCCUCCCCCAGCUCCGCCGGCAAAAGGAAAAGGAAACGUCCGAUCAAAUCAAAAGGGAAGAGUUUCAAACGGAAACGAUUCCAUUGAUUAGUUGGGUCGUCCCGACCGAUCAUUAAAUCAAGAGCUUGAAACCCCAGUUGCCUAUGGUGACCUUAUGAUUUUCAAACGUUUUCUCAUUGUCAAAUUCAAAAUUGUCUAGAUUAGGGUUAAUGGUUGUGUUCUUUGUUUUUCGUGUACUAGGAUUUUGGCAUGCACUUUGGAUGUUUUUCAAACUGAGUUCGUUAUAGACGUCAUAAUAUAGACUGAAAGUAUUUUUACAUGAUGUUAUCAAACUGUUGCGCUACAUUCUCACGUUACAGACUGUAAUGGAACAGUGAAUUAAUUUUUGUACUUGGACGUAGGUUCUCGUAAAAUUGUCUCGGGUGGGACUGCGUUUUGAGUACGUUCCCGAUUGCCUUGUACAGGUUAUAUUUAUCGUUGUUAACGUUAACCACAGUUUAUUUUUCAGACUGGAUUAUCGGUUGUUGAAAUAUUAAGACAAUUGCAGUUUUCGGUUAGUUUUCACGUUGUUAAACAUUUUUUUAUUGUUGGCUUUUUAUUUUGUUAGGUUUGCUACAUUGCCACAGUUCAGGUGGGUUUUUUACGUCUCGUCUUGUGUUUUAGUUGUAGUGAUAUGUUAUUAACUAGAUAUAAAAAUGUAUUCAGUAGCUCAUGUCCUUUGGUGUACUCGUAUUUCGUAGAAUAUUUAGGUAUGCUACUGAAAGUGACAAAAAUUCUCAGCUCAAAAAUUUAUUAAUAAUGUAUCGUCAUAGGUUAUAAGUUUAUGGCUUUAAUCAGUUUCAUUAUACAUUCUUUAUUUGUAGACAUGAAUUUUUUUAAUAUAUAUUUUUUUCUUA